AUGGCGACUUAUGACAUCGAUGUUAACGAAGGAAUGAACAAGUCCCUAGCUGACUUGGUAGCACCAUGGCGCCCAAAGCCACUUAAAAAUUACUGCAUAAGUAACACCAAUUUGAUAGACGUGGUAAGUGGUGCCACUCUCGCCGGAGCUUAUAUUUUCAUAGAAAACGGUAUGAUUUCUAAGGUUGAAUUUGGCUCUGAAAAACCAGUAACCGUUGAUGAAGGCGCCUUUGAAAUUAUUGACGGUAUUGGUAAAUUUGUCACUCCAGGUUUGAUUGACAGUCAUGUCCACGUCGCGUCAGUUGCAGGAGAAGCCGAUUUGAGCAAGUUGAUGUUGAUACCAAAGUCAGUCACAUUGCUCAGAAUAAGAUAUACCUUAGAAGCCACUUUGGCAAGAGGUUUCACAACGGUGAGAGACUGUGGAGGUGCAGAAGGCUUUUUGAAAGCAGAGAUACGUCAGGGAUCCCUGAAGGGCCCCAGAUUAAUUACUUGUGGGCAUGCCAUUUCACAAACUGGUGGCCAUGGCGAUCUGAGACCUGGUGCCUUACCUGCUAGUGCCUUUGACAGCUGUUCAUGCCACUACGGUCAAGUUGGUGUUGUAGCGGAUGGUGUUCCUGAAUGUUAUAAAGUGGCUAGAGAAGAAUUUAGAAGGGGUGCAGACUUUAUUAAGUUUAUGGGUGGUGGAGGUGUAGCAUCUCCAACUGACAAAAUAUCAAACAACCAGUUUUGUGACGAUGAAAUAAAAGCACUGGUGGAUGUCGCAAACAGUUACCAUACAUACGUAACAGCACAUGCCUACACUCCAGAAGCUAUAGAAAAAUGUAUCAAAUUAGGUGUUAAGGGUAUCGAGCACGGAAAUUUAUUAGAUGAACGCACUGCAGAGCUUAUGGCAGAAUCGGGUUGCUACUUGACACCAACCCUAGUGACCUACAAAGUGAUGGGCUCCGAUCAAUUUAGCGCAUUCUUGGGACCUGAAAAUAGUAGGAAAAAUACAGAGGUGCUUUACAAAGGAAUUGAUGCAAUUAAAAUUGCUCAGAGCAAAAAAGUUAAAAUUUGUUUUGGAUCAGAUUUAUUAGGUCCUUUAUAUGGUUACCAAACACAAGAAUUUUGCAUUAGAGGGAAAGUUCAAACAGCCCAAGAAAUUUUACUUUCGGCCACUGUUACUCCUGCAGAGAUGAACGGAUUAGGCGAUAAAUUGGGACAGAUUAAACCGGGAUUCAUUGCUGACCUAUUGAUGAUGAAAUCAAAUCCUCUGGACGAUAUUACAGUUUUGGAUGAACCCGAGAGUAACAUACUUUUUGUAAUGAAAGAAGGAAGGAUAUACUGA